AUGGUUUCUAACAACCAAAAACAAUACAUAUUUGUUCUGGUCUUUAUCCUUGCACUUAGUAGUAUUACUAGUGUAUUGUCCCGAAAGCUGCAACAAUCAUCAUCCUUAGUAGAAAGACACGAGCAAUGGAUAACAGAAUAUGGCAAAGUAUAUAAAGAUGGUGCUGAGAAAGACAAGCGUUUCAUGAUAUUCAAGGACAAUGUUGAGUUCAUUGAAUCAUUCAAUGCUGCCAACAACAAACCUUACAAACUGGGUGUUAAUCACCUAGCUGAUUUGACUCUUGAAGAAUUUAAAGCUUCUCGUAAUGGUUACAAAAAGAGGUCUAUGUUAGUGCAAGGCAGGAGGCAAGCUUUGGUUGCAGUUUGUAACUUAUGCAGGUCGUAUGGCUUUGAGUCUACUAGUACUGAGCUUACUUCAACAUCAUUCAAGUAUGAAGAUGUGACUUCUAUUCCAGCAUCUGUAGAUUGGAGGGUAAAAGGAGCUGUUACUCCAAUCAAGGACCAAGGUCAAUGUGGGAGCUGCUGGGCAUUUUCAACUGUUGCUGCAACGGAAGGUAUCAACCAAAUAACAACAGGCAAACUAGUAUCCCUCUCAGAGCAAGAGUUAGUUGAUUGUGACACAAAGGGUGAAGACCAAGGAUGUGAAGGAGGAUUAAUGGAAGAUGGUUUUGAGUUUAUCAUCAAAAAUGGUGGAAUCACAAGUGAGACUAAUUAUCCUUAUAAAGCAACUGAUGGAAGGUGUAACACUGCAACAACCGUUCCUGUGGCUAAGAUAAAGGGAUAUGAGAAAGUUCCAGUGAAUAGUGAGGAUGCACUUCUUAAAGCCGUGGCCAACCAACCAAUAUCAGUUUCUAUUGAUGCUAGUGAUUCAAGUUUCAUGUUUUAUUCGCAUGGAAUUUAUACGGGAGAAUGUGGAACUGAGUUAGAUCAUGGUGUUACUGCGGUUGGUUAUGGAAGUGCAAAUGGAACUGAUUAUUGGUUGGUUAAGAAUUCAUGGGGAACAGUGUGGGGUGAGAAAGGAUACAUAAGGAUGCAAAGAGGUAUAGCUGCUAAGGAAGGCUUGUGUGGCAUUGCCAUGGAUUCUUCUUAUCCAACUGCUUAA